AUGUUAGAUCGUUGGAUGGUAACUUAUGCUAAUUACACAUUUGCGAUAUUCCCGCAAUUGCCACGUGUGGUCGACUUACUCAACAAUCUGUACACAUCAUUUGACAAGCGGAUUGAUAUGUAUGACGUAUAUAAAGUAGAGACGAUAGGUGAUGCGUACAUGGUAGUCAGCGGCCUGCCACAUCGAAACGGUAUCAAACACGCACCGGAAAUUGCAAUAUUGGCGAUAGACUUGCUUAUCUCUAUUCAAGACUUCAGUGUACCUCAUCUGCCGGAGGAAAGACUCCUCCUACGAAUUGGAGUACAUUCAGGCUCGUGUGUAGCUGGCGUAGUUGGAGCGAAGAUGCCUAGAUAUUGUCUGUUCGGUGACACGGUUAACACAGCCUCGCGCAUGGAGUCAACAGGCAGACCUCUGCAAAUACAUAUCAGUGAAGACAGUAAAGAAUUACUUGAUACGUUUGGUGGAUUUAUGCUCGAAGAAAGAGGAGUACUAGAAGUAAAGGGUAAAGGAAAUAUGCGUACUUAUUGGUUAAUUGGAAAACGUGGGGAACAUACAACGUCUGCAAUUGAAGUUAUCAGCUCAGCAACUAAUCCGUAUGUUGUAGAAGACUCAUGA